GUAGAAAAUAAACGUGACAUUUCCUGGUAGGACGAAAUUGCUCAAUUUUAUGGCAUUUGAUAGACUAUUCGUCCGUUACUUAGGCAUGUCCGAAACAUAUCUAAAAGUCCUCUGAUGUCGGGUCCAUAAUACAUGCGAAGAGUUACCUCAAAGGAAAAGGGGAAAGUGUUCAGAAGGGAUAGAAACGGUCAUACUUGUCAUGCCAUGGGGGUGCAUGGCCUCACCACCUACAUAGAGAAGGACCGCCGCUUCCUCGUUAACGUGCGUCUGCAGGACACUCGGCUGGUGAUCGAUGGCAGCAGCCUGUACUACAGCCUGUAUUUCGGCUGUGGCGCAGACCAGCAGUGCGGCGGGGAGUAUGAGGCGUUCGCAGAGCAGGUGCGCCACUUCUUCGCCGCGCUCUUCACCUGCAGGAUCCAGCCCUUCGUGGUGUUGGACGGAGGGAUGGACGAGAGCGACAAGAAGUUCGCCACCUUCCGGCAGCGCGCCAACCGGUCCAUCCACGACGCCAACAACCUCUCCCGCGGAACCAACGGGUCUGUGCUUCCCCUGCUCACCAAGGCCGUCUUCAUGCAGCUGCUCUCGGAGUUGUCCGUUCCCUUCUUCCAGUGCCCAGCAGAGGCCGACAUGGAGAUCGCGACCCUGGCAAGCCAGUGGGGCUGCCCCGUGCUGACCAAUGACAGUGACUUCUACAUAUUUGACCUGCGCGGGGGCUACCUGCCCUUCAGGCACUUCCAGUGGGCCAGUGUGGCGGUAGGCAAGCAGGCCCCGUCGUCGCAUCGUUUCGUCUCGGCCCGCUGCUACACCGCGCAGCGCCUCUGCUCCCACUUCAAGGGGCUGACCCCGCAGAUGCUGCCGUUGUUUGCCGUGAUCAUGGGCAACGAUUACACCCCCGCUCACCUCAAACAGCUGUUCCUCAGCCGCGUGGAGCUGCCCGCGGUGGCGGCGGGGAGGAAGGGGAACCCCCAGGCCGAGGGCCUCCUCCUGUGGCUGGCUCAGUUCCGCAGCCCUGCCGAGGCCCUGGAGGAGGUGCUGGAGCUCGACGGAGGAGGACGAGAGCCGAAGAGAGACGCCACGUCUGUGUUCUCCGCGGGGAUGCAGGACUACACUCUCCCGCCUCGAAGCAGCUUGGCGCAGUUCUUCUCCGGAGGUUUGAACCCACUUCCAGGCUCCAUGGAGGUCCCUGAAAUACUCGCUGCCCAGCCACAGUGGCUCUUGCGGGGGAUCGUCACAGGCAAGUUGCCCUCUGUGGUCCAGGACGUGCUGGUGCUCCAGAGGGUGAUGCUGCUCGCCCAGGUGGAAAACUGCAGGUUACCCAGCAGCCACUGCACCUCGCUGGCCAUUCGGCAGGCUUUCUACGGGCUGCUUCUCCUCGGGCGCCCGCAUUCAUCACCGCCCCAGGCUCCUACGAGCCGAGGAAGAGGAGGAAGAGGAGGACGGUGCAGCAGGGGGAAGAGCGGCGGUGGUGGUGGUGGUGGUGGUGGACACGAGGGCCAGUCAGAAGCGGAGAGUUGUGGUCACAUCGGCCCCGCCGUGGUGGAGUACGACCGUUGUGAUCUCAACCUGUCCAAAAGCACAGUCCACCCUGUUCACCCGAGCGGCUCUCCUCACGCGAUGAUGGAGAUGAUGGACCAGACGCCAGUGUCUGUGCGUGUGCAGGUGCUGCUGAGAGUGCUUCAUAUUGAAGAGCGUGCCUUGGCCACAGUGCCCUCCACCCUCAGGCUCCCCAUGUGUGUGACCUCUUUCUGGCUGCAGCACUCCAAGCCUCGGCCUGAGCCCACCAUCCUACAGGCCGUGAUUCUGGGCCUUACGUUUGGGGAGCUGGGCUACCGCAGGACCAUCACAGCAGAUCCCGUGUGCAGCAGGCCUGGUGUUGCUUCCGUUCUCCAGCGGCUCCAUCAGCUCCGCCUCCAGAGGAAGGAGCGCCGAGGGCUGAACCUGGAGGUGGCCCACGCUCUCAGCCAGUGGCAGUCCUGCAUGUGGGCAGCGCUCUGUCUCAACCAGCUGCUGUGUUGCCCCCUUCCAGAUCCUCCAUGUGCCUGGUUGUUCAGUGGGACUCUGCUUCAUGCCGUGCAGGCAGCGCUGAGACAGGGGGUUCCUGUAGAAGCUCUCUUGGCCGGGGAUCCCUUACCUGGGCAGCUCUUCUCUUCUCUAAUGGAGGCCACGCAACAGCUGGGUGACCCGGGCCCCAACGGCCCUCCUGGAUCAUCUUCCUCGGGGGUCAGGAGCAGGGGAAGGGGAAAGAGGAAGCAACCGCCGCAAGGGAGAGGCCAGGGGCCAAGAGGGAGGAGUCAAGGGCAGAGAGGGAGGGGUCAAGGGCAGAGAGGAAGAGGCCAACGAGCUGAUGAUCGUGGUCUGAACAACCGCUUUGCCAUGUUGAUGAGUGAUGAAGACGAAGAUGACGAAGACGAAUAAGCUUGUUAAUUCUGUUGGUGCCUUUAAACAGACAUUUGAAACGGGUUCUCUCAGAGCAGGGCUGUGAGGCGUGCUGGACUCUGACUUUACUGUCGAUCAAGUUUCUUAAAGUAACCCAGUCUUAUACACACUGCCUAUGACAGCAGCUCAGUGGUAUACUGUAGGUUAAUGCAGGGCAUCUCUGGGCAGCUAAAAUAAUACAGUGGGUUUUAUAUCUACAAUGUUGUAUGUUUUAAUCAACCAAGGAUUGACACUUUAUCUGCGGGAAAAGAAGUGACCUACUUGUCUUGUGGUUUUACAUGUCUUUCAUUUUAGGUCUACAACUUGGCCUUACGAGUUGUUAAGUACAAGGUGCUUUUUCAGACGUGAUGUGCCCACAGGCUGCAGCUGCCAGAAUUUGCCUACAAAUAAGCUUUGUUUGUUUACAAAUUGAUGCUAUUAAUUUUUUUCUGGCAGCCAGUUGUGCCUUUCGUGGUACUUCCAUCUGCUCUUCAUGAAUAGCUGCUUUUUAGUGUGCAGAAUCUCAGAAUUAAUUUAACCCAUGAGCUCAAGUCUUCCGAAGGGAAUUUUAAAGAACACAUGGUGCGCUGAUCCCUCAUGUCCUUCCUGAUUAUUCCUGAUUAUAGAACCUUUGCCAUAAAAUACUUACACAUUACUGGCAUCUUAUGGACCAAAUGUGGCUGGUUAUCCAUGCCAGUGCUUUUGCCUCUGAUCUUUGCCUAUUUCUAUUGCAAUGUUUUAUGUCAUACAAAAAUGCCUUUAUCCACAAUCACAUGUAAGUUAAUGCAUUCAUUGUGAAGCAGGUAAAACACAUUAUUUAAAAUCAAAUUCACAUUUAACAUUUAUUCUCUUACUGAAACAUUUUAAAAAUGUUAAUCAUGUAAUUAUAUUGUUAUUGUCAUUACAAUUAAUUAUUACUGAUGAAAUGAAUAUCUUUAUGUCAACGAAUAAUCUUAACAUCAACAACAAACUUCACAUUACAUGAGGAUGGAUGAAAACAAAUAGUCAAUAUAAACUCUCAAGCCAGAAAUUCAUAUGACCACCAAUGGUAUUCAUAUUUUUUUGGUAUUCAUAAUAAUUCAGCUUUUCCUGCAUUACCAUUUUGACAAUACAGCUAUUAAAUCAGAGUACAAUAUUGUUUGGAUGAGAGGGGCUCAAACUUGUAUCUACUCUGGUGAAAAAUGUGGUUUACAUCCCCUGAAAUAAAAAUGUAUUCCAGAAGGUG